CAGGUUACUCUCUUGGAUUCUGAUCGUCUUUGGUGUGUCUUAACCAGCGAAGAUGGCGGCGCUUGUAGGGCUACGUGCGUGUUUCUCUGCUCUUCAGCUAUCUUCACCAAGCCUCUUGCACAGCUCCUACAAAUUGUGUGCUGUCCCUCUGAGUCGGCGAACCUUCGCUGCAGAGGCGAAGAAGACGUACAGCAGAAGCAAGCCCCACCUGAACAUCGGGACAAUCGGCCAUGUCGAUCACGGCAAGACCACCCUGACUGCAGCCAUCACGAAAGUGCUCGCUGAUGCUGGUGGCGCACACUAUAAGAAGUAUGAUGACAUUGACAAUGCCCCAGAGGAGAAAGCCAGAGGAAUUACCAUCAAUGCCUCUCAUGUAGAAUACUCCACAGCCAACAGACAUUAUGCUCACACAGACUGCCCUGGACACGCCGACUAUGUCAAAAACAUGAUCACAGGCACAGCUCAGAUGGACGGUUGCAUUUUGGUGGUGGCGGCCACUGAUGGCCAGAUGCCUCAGACACGUGAGCACCUGCUGUUGGCCAGGCAAAUCGGCGUCGAGCAUGUGGUGGUUUUCAUCAACAAGGCCGACGCCGUGGAGGACAAGGAGAUGCUGGAGUUGGUGGAGAUCGAGAUCCGCGAGCUGCUCACAGAGUUUGGCUACGAUGGCGAAAACACCCCUGUUGUGAUUGGCUCUGCACUCUGCGCCCUGGAGAACAGGGACCCCGAGCUGGGUGCGAAUGCAGUGAUGAAGCUGCUGGAGAUUGUGGACGAUUACGUUCCUCUGCCCAAAAGAGAUAUGGAAAAGCCUUUCCUUCUGCCCAUCGAAGGGGUUUAUUCAAUCCCAGGCAGGGGUACAGUCGUGACGGGCACUCUGGAGAGGGGCACCAUCAAGAAAGGAGACGACUGUGAAUUUGUGGGGCAUAAUCGCAGCUUCAAGUCUGUAGUGACAGGUGUUGAAAUGUUUCACAAAUCUCUGGAGCGGGCAGAGGCAGGAGAUAACCUGGGCGCUUUGGUCCGAGGCCUGAAGAGAGAGGAUUUGAGGCGAGGGAUGGUGAUGUGCAAGCCAGGGUCCAUCAUGCCUCAUCAGAAAGUCAAGGCUCAGGUUUAUGUUCUGAGUAAGGAGGAGGGAGGCAGACACAAGCCGUUUGUCACCAACUUCAUGCCCGUCAUGUUUUCUCUCACCUGGGACAUGGCCUGCAGGGUCAUUCUGCCUGCUGACAAGGAAAUGGUGAUGCCAGGUGAGGACACUUCAUUGACGGUCACUCUCCGCCAGCCGAUGGUUCUGGAGAAAGGCCAGAGGUUCACUCUGAGAGACGGAAACAAGACCAUCGGCACCGGCCUGGUCACAGAGAUCAUGACCGUGACAGAUGACGACCAGUGCAACUGGGGCUGAGGGGAGCCUCUGUAGAGGGCUGGGCUUGGGGGUGGGGUGGGGUGUGUCAGAGGGGAGACUGAAUGUGUGGUUCUGUGUCUGGUCAGAUCCAAUAAUUAUAGAAAUAUAAAUGAACAAUACAUAAACACAGGUGAACAGGAGACAGAAGAGGACCUGGAGAAACGCAUGUCUCCGUUGUGCAGGUCCACCCAACCAAAACACCUGUGAUGUUCCACUUUCAGUCAACAUUAUGUCGUUUAUGUAAUAAAAUGUAUUUAAUAAUAAAAGGGACUCCUUGGUUUUGUGCUA